UAUUAGCAUGAACAACUUUAUAUAACAAACGAAGGCAGUGUACUUGACUGAACGAACCGCACUACAGAAAUCAGCCGAAGUAUGUCGGCUGAAACUGAAGUCUCAAAAAGAGCGCGAUGUUUUUUUGACAUCACAAUCAGUAAUGUCCAAGUUGGCCGCAUUGUUUUCGAGCUAUUCAUGGACGCGUGUCCCAUUACAUGCGAGAAUUUCCGUGCUCUUUGUACGGGUGAAAAAGGCUCAACAGCUGAUGGGAAAAAGCCCUUACACUAUGCAGGGUGUAGAUUCCAUCGGAUUGUGAAGGGAUUUAUGAUUCAAGGCGGAGAUUUCACGCUGGGAAAUGGAAAAGGCGGAGAGUCAAUUUAUGGGUCAACAUUUUCAGACGAGAAUUUCAAGUUGAAACAUGACGAAGAGUUUUUACUCUCAAUGGCGAAUAAAGGCCCAAACACGAAUGGUUCACAGUUCUUCAUAACUACAGUUAAAUGUCCUCAUUUAGACAAUAAACAUACAGUUUUUGGAAGGGUAGUUUCAGGGCAGGAGAUUGUGAAGUUGAUUGAAAAUCAACCUGUAACUGAACAAGGUCACAAACCAACGACGGAGAUAGUUGUUGAGAAAUGCGGCGAGUUGGUGUUGCAGAAACGCAAUAAGAAAGAUAAAAAGGAGAAAAAAAGUAAGAAGGAGAAAAAGAAGAAAAAGAACAAGAAAAAAGAAUCCAAGAAAGAGAAAGAAGAAUCUGAAGCUGCCAGUGACGUCAGUGGAAAAGGAGGUGAGGAAAGUUCAAGUGACGAUGAGUCACCUAAGAAGAAAAUGAAACAGAUUGAAGAACUAACAAAGGAAAAGAAUCAGGAGGUUGAAAAGGAGAAAGUACCAGCUAUGGAAACGGUGGAGGAGCAAAUUGAUGAAGGAAUUGACAAGGAAGGCCCCGAAGAUGACGAGGGUCAGUUGGAAGAAACAGCCGAUGAUGCCAAUGUCACACCAGAAGCUGAAGUUGGCGAUGUUUUGGAUAUAGGCGUUUCCAAUCCAGAACAAAUGGAGCUGCAAGAAGCCUUAAAUGACGAACCGUCCUCAUCAAAGAAGCUGCCAGACAUCAUAUCAUCACACAAUUCGGACGAACCAUCACGCAGUCAAAAAGCACCAGUUGGCGAGCCAGAACAGUCAGAACCAACAGAGUAUUUCUGCUCCAUUGACCCCGAAGAAAUUCCAGCAGUGCCGGAGAAGAAAUUUUUGACCAGAGUAAAACCGGAAGAUGACAUGAAAAACACAGAUAAAGAUGCGGCUGAGGAGAAGGAUCCGAGAUCCAGAGGGAAAAGUCAGUCUAAUGAUUCAAGUCGGAGAGAGAAAAAGAAGGAAGGCGAAUGGAGAAUUGGAAAAGAUGGCAUGAAAAUCAAGGGUAGAGGAACUAUGCGCUUUAAUCCCUAUACUGACCGGGAACGAAGUGUAACUCCCCCUCAUUGGAAAAAUUCCUGGCCAAGAAACAGAUCUGACGACAGAGGAAGAGAUAAGAAAGAUAAUAAAGAAGAGACUGCUGAAAAGAAAGAUCGAUUAUCGGCUUUUGAAAGGUUAACCAUGGCUGCCCGAAAAGACAGGUCAGAACGUCCAGAAAUGACCCGAGAACCGAAAGCUUUCAGAAGUUCUGACAAAGGGUUUGAGAAGUUUUAUAGGCAAAAAGAGGAGGAAAGGAGAGAAAUGGUGAAAGUUAGAGCUGCUAAAAAACGACGAUCGAAGAGCGGGGAAGCAACUCGAGAAACUCAAGGUGAAGAAAAGUCGGAGGCAAUUGAAGAAAAGUUGAUGCAGACUUUAAGCGAGAGAAUCAAAACUGAAAUUAAAGAUGAACCAUUUGAUCAAAACAAUAGCAGGUCUGAGGAGCCGCGAAGAGAAGAUUUCAGACGAAGGCCAGUUAGUUUAAGGGAUCCGAUUCCGUUUAGACCCAUAUCGCCAAAAAGGCCUAAGCAGGAAUUUAUAGAUCCAGGGAUGGUUAGAAGUCACGGGUUGAUGGAUCCGAGCGAACGUACAAGGAGACUUCCUUCACAUAGAGAUGACGCGAGGCCUAGAUCGAGGAGUCCAGAAGAAUUGAGACAUCCGAUGUCUGGUAGAACAGACAUCGACCGCAGUUCAAGAAAACGAAGAGAAAGAGACAAUCGCUCGCCUGAAGCUAGAAGCAAACAAAGGCCGACGGAAGAACCCAACAGUGGUUUAAAAGGAGAUGUUGACAUGUCUUGGCAUAUUGACAAGAGUAUAUCAGAAAGGUUCAAAGCUAUUGCAAAUUAUUCUAUAACUGAGGAAGUCUUGGAUACUAGAAGCAUUAUCGAGAAGACCUCGAGAGUAGAAGCAGUUGACGCUAAUAGGAAUAAAGAUGAAGGAAAAGUAGACAUUCGCAGCAGCAAGCGCAGUAGAGAGCGAAAGGAACGUUCAAAAAGUCGAGACAGAAAAGAAAAAAGAAGAUCCCCGAAUGUAGUUGAAAAAUCAAAAAGCGCAAGAGCUGUUGAAAAGAUUGAGCCAAGCAAAACUGAAUCGAAACAUACAUCAAGCAAGCGAGAAAAAUCAGAUAAAGAUGCCAGUAAGACUAGCAAAGAUACGGAGUUGCGUGUACAUUCCAAAAAUAAUGACGACAAAAUCAAAGAACCAGUACGCGAAAGAAAUAGAAGCAAAAGCAAAAGUCCUCGCAAUAAAGACAAAAAAGCUAAAUCCAGAAGUCGAAGUAGAAAUAAAAGCCCAAAAAUGCAAGAAUCUAGUCGUUCCCCCGUAAAAAGAGCAAAUAGAAGUCGCAGUCGUGCGAAGCCGAGAAGGAAAGAUUUGUCGCCUCGUGGUCGUGAAAAGAAAGAAACGAGGUCGAAUCGAAGUCGCUCGCGGGACAGAAAAGGAAAAGAAUCGCAACGCAAUGAUUCAAAAAGAGACAAGGGGAAAGGAGAUAGAAAGAGAGAGAAGAGUUCGAGUCCUGAAGACUUGUUCGGUUUAUCAAAAUUGGUUUAAAAUGUAAUUUGUUGUUGUUGAUUGUCUUUUGUCAGAAAUAUUAAGUUAACACAAUGCCCCUGAAAAUUUCGAUUGCUAAAGCCAUACGAAUAUAAGUAAGCUCUCAAUGUU